AUGGCUUCAACUCACUUAUAUCCUCUUUUUCUUUUUAAAAAAACAGGUAUUAAUCGUGAAGAAAGAUUGGAACAGAUAUUGAAUGAUUUCAAAAAAGAUUAUGAACCAAAUGAAAAAUCGAAUAAAAAGGCAGCUGAGAAAAGUUUUCAUACUGCUAAAGAUUAUGCUAAUCGACGAAAGAUUAAUCAUAAACGUGUCUUCAAAAAUAAUAAAUAUGGUCAUGGUGGACAGAAAAAGCGUCAAAAGCGUAAUACAGCUGACUCGUUGAAUAGUGGAGCUCGACGGGAUUUCAGUCAAUUGAAGCAUCAAGCAACACCGAAUAAGGCUAAACAAAUUCGUAAAGAUAUACGCAAGUCAAGACAAAGACAGAAAAAAGUGUCAAAAAGACGUGCUUAAAUUAUCCCGGAAGAGAAAUAUACAAAUAUGUGAAUAGCACAUUCAUGUUCUGUACAUUAUUUUGUAUAGUAUUGGUUGUUUUAUAAAUUGAUAUCAUCA